AUGGCCAGCAGACGUGCUCAACUUGAGGAUGACCUCUCCUGUCCAAUUUGUGGAAAUAUUCUCAGUCAGCCUGUUGUGCUCACGUGCAGACACAGAUUCUGUAAAGCCUGUCUAACAGACAGCUGGGAGACACAAGGCAGUGGGGAUUCACACUACUGUCCUCUGUGCUGGCGCCGGUCCUCUAUGGAUCAUAUCGCAGUGAGCAGUGUGCUGGAGAAGUCCUGUGAAUCCUUCAAGCAGGACAGAAGCAAGCAUGACCCUGAGGCUUGUAAGGAGCAUGGAGAAAAGCUUACAUUGUUCUGUUUGGAAGACUUGGAGCCAAUCUGUGGUCUAUGUGGGAAAGCUGCUACACACACUGGACACAGGCUUUAUCCCAUUAGGGAAGGUGCUCAUGACUGUAAGGAGGAACUGAAGAAUGCACUUUUACCUUUGAAAGAGAAGUUGCAGCUGUACAAGAAGGAGAAAGUGGUCUGUGAGGAAAUGACAGAACAUGUCAAGAACCAGGUUCAACAUACUGAGACACAGAUCAAGGAGGAAUUUGAGGCACUUCACCAUUUCCUGAGAGAGCAGGAGGCGGCCAGGCUGGCUGCUUUGAAGGCAGAGCUGGAUCAGAAGAACCUAAUGAUUAACCAGACGUAUGAGGAGAUGAGCGAGGAAAUGACCUCUCUCUCAAACACCAUCAGAUUAGUGGAACAGGAGAUGAAAUCUCCAGAUAUCCCAUUUCUUAAGAAUUACAAAGAAACAAUAAGGAGAACCUGGCGAACUUCCACUGAUCCCCAAAUGAUUUCUGGUGCUCUGAUUGAUGUGGGCAAACACUUGGGCUCUCUGAAAUACAAAGUGUGGGAAAAGAUGAAGCGUAUUAUAAACUAUAAUCCUGUGAUUCUGGAUCCAAACACAGCAGCGAGCUGCUUCAUCAUCUCAGAGGAUCUCACAGUUGUGCAGAACUCUACCCAGAUUUUCAAGCUCCCAGACAACCCAGAGCGCUUUGACGUCAGUGCUGAGAUGCUGGCUGCUGAAGGCUAUACCUCUGGACGCCACAGCUGGGAUGUAGAGGUGAAAGACAACACCUACUGGGUGGUGGGAGUAGCCAGCGACUCCAUCAACAGGAAGGGGAAGCAUGUGCUGACACCAGCAGAGGGAUUCUGGACCAUAAGGUUUCGCAACGGAGAACAUAAGGCCUGCACUGCACCGUGGGAACCGCUGAACAUGACCAAGAAGCCUGAAGUGAUAAGAAUAGUUUUAGACAUGGAUAGAGGCAAGGUGACCUUCUAUGACGCUGGAGAGAGAACACCUCUCUACACUUUCAAAGAUAUCAUAACACCCAGAGCCUUUCCCUACUUUUGCUCCGCCUGCAAAGAGCAUCCACUGAAAAUCCUACCCACAAGGAUACUCCUAUCAACAGACUAA